AAAAAAAAAAAAAAAAAAGUAACAACUGACGAGUAUAACGGUGUUGAAGUGAAGUACGCGGGGUAGCCAAAAUCGAUUGAUCGAUCGAUCGAUCAUCACCAAGGAAGGAAGUCGUGUUUUGCUUCUUCUUUUUAUGAAAAAUGUUUAUUGAAAUAAAACUCUCCCGUUCCAAUCGAACUUAUCGCCCAGAUGAAGCAAUUGAGGGAAAAAUAAUCACCAAAUUCCCUUCUUCUGUUUCCCACCGUGGUAUUCAUCUUACUGCUAAUGCUUCUGUUAAUUUGCAGGUUCGUGGAGGUUCAGCUGGAAUUAUUGAAUCAAUUUAUGGUGUUCUUAAGCCUAUUCCUAUUCUGAAGAGGAGCAUGGAGGUUCAACCUUCGGGAAAGAUCAGUGCAGGCACUUCUCAGAUACCAUUUUCUAUGAUUCUUAAAAAUGGAGAAACAGAAGAGAAAUUCUACGAUACUUUCCAUGGAGCAAACAUUAGCAUCCAGUAUCUGCUAAAUGUAGAUGUUGUGAGAGGAUAUCUACAUAAAACAUUGUCUGCUACGGUGGAGUUUAUAAUUGAAAGUGAAUUAGCUGGUCUACCCGAGAAGCCCAUUUCCCCCGAAAUGGUCUUCUUUUAUAUCACUCAAGACACACAAAGGCACGCAUUGCUUCCUGAACUGAGAUCAGGUGGCUUUAAGGUAUCCGGUAGAAUUUGUACUCAGUGCCUUCUAUCAGAUUCUUUAGUGGGAGAGCUAACAGUUGAAGCAUCUGCAGUUCCUAUUUACUCCAUUGAAAUUCACCUGCUCCGUGUAGAGUCAAUUAUGGUUGGGGAAAAGAUAGCGACAGAAACAUCUACAGUUCAGACUACUCAGAUAGCAGAUGGAGAUGUCUGCCGUAAUUUGUCUCUGCCUAUUUAUGUCAUGCUUCCCCGACUUUUGACAUGCCCAACUGUAUUUGCUGGACCAUUCUCAAUUGAGUUCAAGGUCACCAUCCUUAUUACAUUUCAGACUGAAUUGUACAACGUGCAGCAAAAAUCUGAUCCAAAAGCUUUUAGAAAAUGGGUUGCAAUGGAAAGCCUUCCGUUGGAGCUGAUUUAAUCAACGGAAAUGAAUUUGUAAUAUCAUAACUUACAAUGUUGAGUUUUAUAUGGAAAAUUUUAUCGGAACAAAUCAAACGGCUGCUGGUGAGGAGUGACCAAAAUGGCGUUGUUUGUAAUAUUAUAACUUACAAUGUUCAGUUUUAGGGUUGUAGUGUAAUUCAGCAAAACAGAUGCACAUAUAUCACACUGACGUCUUAUCUGCAUAGGUCAUGUACAACAAUUGUGUUUUUGAAUCUUCUAUUUUGUGUAAGUAUUGUUCGGAAGGGUAUCACUUUUAUGAAUGAAAUAAAAUUUGAGUUCAAGUGAAAUGUACUCGUUGGUGUGUAAAAGUAAUUGCGAAGAAAUAACAUGCACAUUUCGCUUUGUUUCAUAAA